AUGCCACAAAAGAUCAAUAAAGAAACAUCUUUAGAAUGUUUGGUUAUCAUCGUUCUAGACGGUAGCUAUCUUCUAGAGGACCACUUUGAAACUAUUUUUGAUGCUUACCUUGAGCCUAUACUCAAACAUAUGAAACUGCCUAUUUUAAUAGAGCAAGAGGACAAAGAUAAGAACGAGAUACAAAAGGAAAAAAUUACACCCAAGUUGAAGAGUGGACUUGUUAUUUUUGGGAACUAUGAGCCUAUUUCGCGGUCUCCAGUUACGACAUACUAUUUUGAAGAGAACUUAUCACAAUUCGAAAAGCUUAUAAAGAGCAUAGAAUUCGAGGAUGGCGGUAUGAGAGAAAACGCAGUAGCCGAAGGUUUGGUUGCUGCGCUAGAGAUGUUUGAUGCAUAUAAAAGUCAGACGAAGUCCGAAAAUCUUGAACCAAGAAAGCAUUGCCUUCUCAUAUCUAAUAGUCACCCAUGUCCUGACCUCGUUCAUCGAAAUAUUGACGAGAAAUAUGAUCAAUUUUCUAUGAAUCAAAUCGUAGAAGAGAUGAAAAAACAAAAUAUUCAUCUUUCAUUAAUAACUCCAGAAAGAAAUUUUACGAAAUUGGAAGAGCUUGUAACAGAGGUCAAUCAAGACAUUGAAGUUCAUAAUGCAGCAGAUGUAAUAAAUUCAUCUCACGUAGUUAAGUUAGCAGGUUUCAAACCUCUUUUUACACAUCCAAAAGAAGUAUCUACAGCAAUAAAGAGGAAACGUGAGGAUUCAACGAGUUCCAUAGGUACUGUUGAAAAACCAAAAAAAGUAAAACUCGAACCGACACAAGAUCCUGUAAAAGGGCAGUCGACUGCCCCCAAUGGGUUACCCGUGCAACUUGCACAACCUCUACAGGCUCCGGCAUCAAAUAAGAAAGAUCAGAUAACAGCUACCCAAAAUUCUCCUGUACAACAGCAUCCAAGUAGUCAACCACCUGUUGUCAAUACGGCGACACCAGCGCAUGUACCUAUGUCACAGACGCCUGCUGUUACGAAUGCUACAUUACCAAAUACCAAUGCUCUACAGAGUUCGCCGAAUGCGCUUGCUCAUAUUCAGCAACCCGUUAAAACCGCUAAUCAGGUUGCUUCGAGCAUUGUUGCUACAAUGCAUGUGCAACCUUCUGCUACUUCUACUACAGCAAUAUCUCAGUCGCCUUUAUUUAUCCAGCAACAAUCUAUACCAGGUUCUAUAGCUCGCCCUCAACAGAAUAUGCCAGGAGUCAAAUAUCCUCCUAAUUCCAUGACGCAAUUUAAUAUGCAGUUGGCUGCAAUGACACCAGAACAACGUAAACAUUUUAUAGCUAAUCUUAAAAAUCAACCACCAUUUCGAAAUGCACAAUUUUUUAGAAAUACGUUAGCUACUAAUGCACAGCAGCAAUUAAUUCGACAAAAUACUAUACUCCAGCAUGAGUUGGCUGCAAGUCAACAAAAUCUUGCGAAUGUAUUUAGACGUCAGAUGCUUCAAUUUAAUAAUGGAACACAAGUAAAUAUUGGCCAACAACCAAUUGGAGGAAAUUUUGCAACUUCAGCUACUAUAAAUGAAGCAGCAAGUUCACAAUCUCUCAAUGGUACCGAAGCAUCAUCAGCCGCAACUACUGCACAACAGCUUAGUGCGUUUAACUCGUUGACAUCUCCUAUGAGCAUUUCCACCAACUCUCAAUCUGUUGGUUAUACUACCGCGUCAACAUCCAUUGGUGCGCAAUUCAGAGGACAAAUGCCUACAAGUUCGAUAGGCACAGUGAAUGCUGCUACAAUCGGCGCACAAUUGCCCGCGUCUACCAUGAUGAGCUCUACUUCCACUGCUAGUAUGAAUAAUAGUGUUAUAGGACAAAGUACUAAGACGUCCGUUGGAGUUGCAACUUCAAUUAAUGGUAACCUAAUUCGUCCUAGCAUAGCUUCUUCAAAGACAAUCAAUGCAUUAUGGAAUGGUCAAAUUAUGUGGUCAUCUAGCAAUCAACAUACUAAAAUAAAGCGUGAACUUACUUGCCGAGUGACUGCUUUCCCAGUUACUAAUAAGAAGCCUACGCAAACGCAACCGCAACCGCAACCAGAUUAUAUGAUUUCAUGCUGGCCAGAAAAAAUGGAAAUUUCUGGCAUUAAUAAUGUUAAAGAUGUCGUAAACGUUGUGAGUUCAAAUCCGAGAGUUUUACUUUUGCCAACACCGACCCCACCUUCUACACAAGAAAAUAAUAAUAGUUUUGCAAUCUUGAUGCGAACUUUGGAUACCAGGAAGAUGGCUGCCUUUGUACGCUUUCCUAAUGCUCCAAAUCCAAACGGAGGUAUAGUUCUUUACCCUACCGGACAAAAAAUUGUUGGUUUGCUUUUUUUGGAUACACCAUUGCCAACAAGCGUAACGGUUGCUUCGCAAGCACAACAAUUUCGACCUCCACAAGCACAGCAACCGACGAUGCAAAUGCCAACAGCUGCACAAGUAUUACAACAAAACGCUUUUCAACAUAUUCAUCAACAGCAACAAAUGCAAGCAUUAGCGCAUUUGCAACAACAGUCUAUAGCUAACUUGCCACCAAAUAUGCAGCAAGCGUUAAUGCUUCAACAACAGCAACGACAGGCUAUGCAACCUGCUCUAUUACAAAACCUACAAGUUGGAAGUGAACAAGCUUUGUUACGACGUCGAAUGGCUAAUUUAUUUCAGACGGCUAGUAAUGCCAAUACCGACAUUAAUAAUCAACAAAUGUUGGAUAUAUUGCGAACGAGACAAUCUUCUCAACAACCAACUCAAUAA